AUGACAGACCAGACGACUUCCCAAGCGCCGCCCAAGCAAUCUGUCGGGCCAGAGUACCGAGCGCAGAACCAGAAGCCCAGUGCCACUGUCUCCGUUGACGUCGCUUUGGAAAACGUCCAUGUGCUGCCCCAGACCCCUCAGCUCAUCGCUCUCCUAUCGAUGAUUCGCAGUAAGACCACGGACCGAGCAGACUUCAUAUUCUACUCCAAUCGAAUCAUUCGCUUGCUGGUGGAGGAGGGCCUCAACCACCUGCCCGUCAUCGAACAUACUGUCACCACUCCUGUAGGCCGGACCUACAAUGGCCUUAUGUUCCAGGGCAAGAUUUGCGGCGUAUCAAUCAUGCGGGCUGGCGAGGCAAUGGAGCAGGGCCUCCGUGACUGCUGCCGCUCCGUCCGCAUCGGCAAAAUUCUGAUCCAGCGCGAUGAGGAGACAUCGCAGCCUAAGUUGUUCUACGACAAGCUCCCCGAGGAUAUUGCCGAUCGCUGGGUGCUUCUCCUGGACCCCAUGUUUGCUACGGGUGGAUCUGCCACCAUGGCAGUCGAGGUCCUCAAGUCUCGGGGUGUACCCGAGGAUCACAUUCUUUUCCUCAACCUCAUUGCCAGCCCAGAAGGUGUCAGGGCCUUCUCCGCUAAAUUCCCCCGUUUGAGGGUCGUCACUUCCUUCAUCGACCAGGGCUUGGAUGAGAAGAAUUAUAUAGUUCCUGGUCUUGGAGACUUUGGGGACAGGUUUUACACCAUCUGA